AUGCUAUUCGAAGAAGAGGCCUGCCGUACUCAGGAGCUGCAGCAGCUGCAGCAGCAGCAGGAGCAGGAGCAGCAGCAGCAGCAGGUUUGGACAGGGGCCAGCACCACACUCCAGGCAGCCUCGCUUGGCGACACGAAUGGAGUACCCGCCGCCGUGACAGCUUCUGCGCACCAGCAGCAGCAGCAGCAGCAGCAGCAGCAGCAGCAGCAGCAGCAGCAGCAGCAGCAGCAGCAGCAGCAGCAGCAGCAGCAGCAGCCAAGGAAGUGGCGACCAUUGGGCUGGGAGGUGAUCAACGACGCCUGCACCCGGGCGCAGGCCCUGAGGGCGCAAGGGGUGGACGUGGCAAUGGUUUGCAGCUUCAUAGAGAUCCACCAGGACUCCAUAAGGGACCUCCUCGCCCACUCCCAAGCCGGGCGCCCAGAGCACUCCAGGCAGAGUCUGCUCAGCACUGGCAGCAGCUUCACGGGAGCCUGCACCGGGGGUGCUUUUGGCGUCGGCGGCGCGCGGUUGAUAUCCUACAGGGACCCUGAUCCAACAAAAGACAUUGUCCUGGUUGGGCUGGAGGAGGUCACGGUGUCCUCGCGCCAGCAGCUGCUGCAGUGCCUGAUGGACGGCAUGCGCGCCCGCACCACCGCCGCGACGAACGCCAACGCGCACUCCUCCCGAAGCCACGCCGUCUUCACAAUCCGUGUCCGCCAGACGUCAAGGCGCAUCCUCCGCGUCGAGCCGUCGUCGCCGGGCGCGCCCAUCAAGUCGCGCCACCCGUCCACGAACGGCCAGCCGCAGGGCUGCGCCGGCGCCGGCACAGGCGGCGGCGGCCUCUCGCGGCAGGCGUCGGGCCAGCAGGGUGGCGAAGGCGGCGCGGACGGGGGUCUUGAGUAUGUGGAGGAGACGCUCGAGGCGAAGCUUCAUUUGGUGGACCUCGCCGGCAGCGAGCGCAUUGGGAAGAGCGGCGUGCAGGGGGCGCGGCUGCUGGAGGCGUGCAGCAUCAACCAGGGGCUCCUGGCGCUGGGACACGUCAUCGACGCGCUGGCUGAUAAGCGCAGGCACGUCCCCUACCGCGACCACGUGCUGACGCGGCUGCUGCGGAACGCGCUGGGCGGCAACAGCCGCACAGUAAUGUGCGCCUGCAUCAGCCCAGCGGACGUGCACCUCUCUGAGACCCUCAGCACCCUCAGGUACGCAGCCCGGGCCCGUGCGAUUACAAACAUGCCGGUCGUCAACAGCGCGCGCCGCAAGGCGGAGCUGGGGGCGCUGCGGCAGGAGAACGACGGCCUGAGGGAGCAGGUCAAGGCGCUGCAGUUCCAGGUCGACCAACUCGCGGCCGCCCCAGGCCCCAAUGCCUCUGAGCUGGCAGCUUUGCUGUCGGAGGCCCGCGCUGAGCUGGACGCCGAGCGCGCGGCCGGGGUGCUGCAGGAGGCGCGGCUCGCCCAGCUGGCGUCCCAGAUGAGGGAGGCCAACCAUGAGAAGCUUCGCAUGAUCGCGUCACUCGAGUCACUCAGGGUGCAGCUGCUCUCUGCCCAGGUGUCAGCCGUCGAGGCCAACGCCAAGGCAGGCCGCGUGUUCGGCAAGGCCAACUCUGAGGGCGGGGCGGCCUCGUUGGGAGGCGUUUUCCACGGAUCCCUGCCCGUGCCACGCCUGUGCUCGCUGGGCGUGCGUGCGGGCUCCGCCUGCAGCGCGCACUCCAGCGACGGCGGCACGCACGCAACGGAUGGCGGCGGCAGCUGCAUGGCACCUGCCAGCAGAAGCUGCGCGGGACACCGCGCCCCGGGCGAGGGGGAGGGGCAGCAAGACGGGGCGGACCUAAUUUGCGAAAAAGCGAGCCGCGCCGCAUGCUGGCCGCGACUGGGGCAGGCUGAGCAGGAGGAUGGCGACGACGACUGGAGCAUCCCGGCUGUUCUGCGCGAGAGCGGCGACGGCGCGGACGGCCGCACGUCCCUUGAGCAGCAGCAGCGGCAGCACGCGGAUGGCAGUGCCGCUAUGCUGCGGCACGCGGCCGCGCUGGUUGCCGGGACGGCUCUCGACCCCGCAACAUCACAAAGGGCAGGGUCACGGCUGCAACGGCUGGUGUCGGGGGCAGGGGCCGAGGGGCUUGUUGAUUGGCUGGAUCGCACCGCAGGCCACAAGGCUUGCGAUGCGGUGCCGUCAGCGCAGCUGCCAGCCACACUCAUAGAGAUUCCGGAUGACGACGCCGAGGCGGCUGGUGCAUUGCGCGGCAGCGCCAUGAUGACGGCGGAAGUCUUCUCAGCUGCUUCCCAACCGGAGGAACCGCACCUGCGCCGCGGGGCCGCGCGCAGCAGGAGCGGCGCGUGCAGUCCCAGGAGCAUGCUCGCGCCUGUGAUCGCCCAGUGGUCCGCGCGGCCUUCCGAGGUUGAGGGGUUCGCGGACGCGCACGAUGGCCGGGGCCCGGCGCGCCGCCGCAGCACCGCGGCGGGCGCGAUGAUGGCGGCUGCCCUGAAGGCGGCCGAGGCGGGCGGCGGGCCGGACUGGGGGCUGCGGCGGCAGCAGGUGGCGCUGCAGCACGGCCUGGACUGGCUGCAGUCCAGGCGCUCGGCCGCGGCGGACGCGCGCGCGCGCCUCCAGGCGACAGAGGGCUCCGUCCUUGCAGAGCGGGGGGCGGGUGCGGCGGCGGGCGAGGGCGCGGACUGCUGCGACGGCAGUGGCGAGCGGCAAGGGUCGUAUUCUUCGAUCGUGGCCGCGGCGGUGAAGUCUGCCGCGGCGGGCGGGGCGGCGGGCGGCGGCGCGGCGGCCGCGCGGUUCUUUGACUGGGCGGUGCGGUUGGCUUCUCAGCAUGCAGAGCUGUUGGUGAUGAUCGAGGCGGAGAGGGCCGAGCGGCGAUACCUGAAAGAGCAACUGGAUGCAGCAGCGGCCGCUGCCCAGGCGGCCAAGGCAGCCCCGACAGCCGCCGCCGCCAGCGUGGCAGCCGGCGAGGCCAAGGCCGAGGCCGAGGCCUGCACGGGGGAGCAGCAAGAGGACGCCAUAGCGCUGGCGCAGGCAGGGCAGCUGACGCGCGCGAUUUGGGAGCAUGCGCUGUCCCUGGGACUCGAGCCGUGGCAGGCGUUCGCGGCGCUGCUGUCCGUGGCGGCGGCGCUGCGGGGCGGCGCAGAGCGGCUGCGGAUGAGGGCGGAAGCAGCCGAGGCAGAGGUUGCGCUGCAGCGGGGACUGGGGGCGUUGGCGCAGGAGGAGGCGGCGGCAAACGGAGCAGCAGCAGGGGAGCUGCAGCAGCAGCUCAACGGCGCCAAGGAGUCCAUGGCUGCCCUGAGGGAGUCCGAGGCGCGAUGCCACGAGGCGCUGGCGCGGGUGGCCGAGGCCCGUGCUGCGGAGCAGGGCCUGCCGCCGGCGAUCAGCCCAGUCAGCAGCGGGUGCGUCACCGCACGCUCAACCUUUUCCCGGUCCAACAGCUGGGCAGCUGCCCACCAGCUGCCGCCCCUGCCGCCGCAGUCCCCGCCGCUGGCCAUGCGCAACCUGGCGGGCCUGGUGCAGCUGUCGAGCGCAGGCGCUGAUCCCAAGGCAGGAGGGGCCGGCAGCAGCGGGGGCGGCAGCGGUCGCGGCAGCGGCGGCGGGGACGGCCGGGGAUGGCUCAGUUGGGUUGUGCCGGCGGAUGAGGGGGUGGAGUCGCAGCAAGAGCAGGUCGGGCCGGGCGUGAAGCAGUGGCUGCGCGAACUCUUUGACCUGUGA